AUGGGGCUGCCGGCGCUGGAGUUCAGCGAGUGCUGCCUGGACAGUCCGCAGUUCCGGGAGAGGCUGCGCUCCCACGAGGCCGAGCUGGACAAGACCAACAAGUUCAUCAAGGAGCUCAUCAAGGACGGGAAGUCGCUCGUCGCCGCCCUCAAGAACCUGUCGGCCGCCAAGCGCAAAUUCGCCGAUUCCCUCAACGAGUUUAAAUUCCGCUGCAUCGGCGACGCCGAGACGGACGAUGAGAUCUGCAUCGCCAAGUCUCUGCAGGAGUUCGCCACGGUGCUGCGGAACCUGGAGGACGAGCGGAUGCGCAUGAUCGAGAACGCCAGCGAGGUGCUGAUCACGCCGCUGGAGAAAUUCCGCAAGGAGCAGAUUGGGGCUGCCAAGGAAGCCAAAAAGAAAUAUGACAAGGAGACUGAGAAGUACUGUGGUGUCCUAGAAAAGCACUUGAACUUGUCUUCCAAGAAGAAAGAAUCCCAGCUUCAGGAGGCAGACAGCCAGGUGGACCUGGUCCGGCAGCACUUCUACGAGGUGUCCCUGGAAUAUGUCUUCAAGGUGCAGGAGGUGCAGGAGAGGAAGAUGUUUGAGUUUGUGGAGCCUCUGCUGGCCUUUCUGCAGGGGCUGUUCACGUUCUACCACCACGGCUACGAGCUGGCUAAGGACUUCAGCGAUUUCAAAACAGAGCUGACAAUCAGCAUCCAGAAUACAAGAAACCGCUUUGAGGGGACCAGGUCGGAGGUGGAAGCUCUGAUGAAGAAGAUGAAGGAGAAUCCCCAUGAGCACAAAAACAUCAGCCCUUACACCAUGGAGGGCUAUCUCUACGUGCAGGAGAAGCGGCACUUUGGGACCUCCUGGGUGAAGCAUUACUGCACCUACCAGAGGGAAUCCAAGCGCAUCACCAUGGUGCCCUUCGACCAGAAAUCAGGAGGAAAAGGGGGGGAAGACGAAGCUGUGACCCUGAAAUCCUGCACCCGGCGGAAAACAGACUCCAUAGAGAAGAGAUUCUGCUUUGAUGUGGAGGCUGUGGAUCGGCCCGGCGUCAUCACCAUGCAGGCGCUGUCGGAGGAGGACCGGCGGCUGUGGAUGGAGGCCAUGGACGGCCGGGAGCCGGUGUACAACUCGAACAAGGACAGCCAGAGCGAAGGCACUGCCCAGCUGGACACCAUCGGCUUCAGCAUCAUCAAGAAGUGCAUCCACGCUGUGGAAACAAGAGGGAUCAAUGAGCAGGGGCUCUACAGGAUCGUGGGGGUGAACUCCAGAGUUCAGAAGCUGCUGAGUAUAUUAAUGGAUCCCAAGACAGCCACAGAGACAGACACAGAGAUUUGUGCAGAGUGGGAGAUCAAGACCAUUACCAGUGCACUGAAAACGUACCUGAGAAUGCUCCCAGGGCCCCUGAUGAUGUACCAGUUUCAAAGGAGCUUCAUCAAGGCAGCGAAGCUGGAGAACCAGGAGUCCAGGGUGUCGGAGAUCCACAGCCUCGUCCAUCGGCUCCCGGAGAAAAACAGGCAGAUGCUGCACUUGCUCAUGAACCAUUUGGCAAAAGUUGCAGAUAAUCACAAGCAGAACCUGAUGACUGUUGCUAAUCUGGGUGUGGUGUUUGGGCCGACGCUGCUCCGACCUCAGGAGGAAACAGUCGCUGCCAUUAUGGACAUCAAAUUCCAGAACAUUGUGAUUGAAAUUUUAAUAGAGAACCACGAGAAGAUCUUUAACACGGUGCCCGAGGCCGCGGCCAACGCGCAGCUGCUGCUCUCGCGCAAGAAGAGCUCGGAGUCGAAGCCGCCCUCGUGCAGCGAGCGCCCGCUGACGCUGUUCCACACGGGCCAGCCCGGAGAGAAGGAGAACAGGAACAGCAUCAUCAACUCCAGCCUGGAAUCCGUCAUCUCCUCAAAUGUAAACAGCUUCCUCAACUCCAGCAGCGCUCCCCAGCCCAGCCUGAACUCCAGUGAUCUUGAACUAGAAGUAAUUAAGCCCAACAGGCCAAAUUCCCUGAAGAGCCCCUCGCAAAGCCCUCCCGAGUAAGAAGAAAGGAAAAAAAAAACAUCCAGCUGACAUUUGCUGCCUGCAGGCAGCAGCCAGAACUUCCCCCCAGCCUCUCACCACCUCUGCUCUUUUUGUGAGAAACAAAGGAAAUGGGAUCCUACAAGAAAACUGUUUGCCAAACUGCCAGAGACCUCGGGGCAGCCCGUUCCUCUCGGGCACUGACAUCUGCAGGAGGCUGCACUGGGGGCUGGCAGGCACAGGAGCUCAGGAAGGUGAUACUCCAGCAGCAGCUUGGAAAUAAAUCCCUGUGUUUCAUGGGAGGGAGGUGGACCCUUCACACCAAAGUUCACAUUCCCAAAGUCUGUCAGUGCCGGGAGCAGCUCAGGUGGGUCCUGAGCUGCCCAUGGGUUCUUCUUGAGGAAAUGUUCUGGAAGGACUGGCAGAGCUGCUCAGUCACUGUGGGACCACGUUCAUCUCCUCUGAGCCCCUGAUGGGCAGGGGGUGCUCUGCACACCCCAAAGCACACCCUGGCAUUAGUGAACCUUCUCUGCGUGGAUUUGCUGGGCACAGAGUGUUUGCUGUGGCACCAAGGAUCCAAAGACACCAAAAUCCUGCUCCAAAGCAGGGGUAACUUCUCAGGCAGAGGCUGGCCCAAGGGCUGGUUCUUGCUCUCAGGCUUUUUUCCCUGAUAACUCUGAAAUCCUGCUGGUUGCAUUCCCUGCUGUCCUGAGCAGAGUGAGCAGUUGGGGAGCGAUGACAGAGCGACCUGAGGAGGAACGAGAGCUGCAUUCUUCUGUCAUGAUUUCAUCUCAAAAACUGCAGUAGCAACACCUAGUCUGGAGCUGUGUGCCACUGGAUUUUCCUUCCCUUGUGCAGUGGAGAGGACCAGGGCUGGUGGCAGACAUGGUGGCCAUCCCAUCAGUGGCACACCCAGUGCCAUGGCACAGUGUCCAUCCCAUUGGCACACCCAGUGCCAUGGCACAGUGACCAUCCCAUCACUGGCACACCCAGUGCAAUGGCACAGUGACCAUCCCAUUGGCACACCCAGUGCCAUGUACAGUGACCAUCCCAUGCUGGCACACCCAGUGCCAUGUACAGUGUCUAUCCUAUUGGCACACCCAGUGCCAUGCACAGUGUCCAUCCCAUUGGCACACCCAGUGCCAUGGCACAGCCACAUUUUGGUCACCAGCUCGUGGCCCCUCCGAGUCCCACCUUGGCCAGGCUUCUCUUGGAGCCAUCUCUUUGCAAGAGCUGGUGCUUAAAGGGUGAGUUUUGGCAGUGUGGGAUGACUUGGUGACCUUGGUAGCACCUCCCAUGUGGGGUGGGAAUAGAUGGAGAAACUGGUAAGUACCAAUGGCUUUCGGGUUUGGUAAAGACCAAGGAAAACUCAUUUUUCAAGAGAUGGACAGUUUUGAUGAUGGAGAUGCUCAAGGAUUGUUUUUGAAUAGUGAUGGUUCUUAGCAGAAUGUUUUGGGAUCUGGUUGAGAGCCUGCCUGGCAGCAUUCCCUGUUUCCCAGCCUCUGGUGAGGUCAUGCUGCACUCACUGCUGUAUCCCAUUUUCUGUGUGUGUAAUCUUCUGACAUAAUAAAGGUGUUGCCUGUAAUUUCAGAGGGAAUUAAUCAGUGUCUGUCGAAUCCAGUGGCACAGCUUCUGCAAGGAGUCAAGCCAAGAGUUUGGCCUUAAGCAGAGAUGGUCCAAUGUCCAAGGGGAAAGAGCUGUGACAUAAAUAUCCCGCUGUGGUGGCAGCCAGAGGACACUGGGGAAGGUGAAACGUUGGUCUGAACUCUUCUAGGGCUGAGGUUCUCCCCCUGUUCUGGAGCCACCAGUCCCUGAACCCCUUCCCUGUACCCCAGGAGCCCCAGCUGGGGGUACCAGACCUGUGUGAUCAGAGGUACUGUCCCUCCCUCAAGGGGAAAACAUAAGUCAUGAUGCUUUUACAAAACUGAUUGUUUUUACAGAGGCAUUUGCAGUGUGGAGAGGGAUUUCUGGUGUUCUAUCAGGGAUGGAGUUUCUAAUCUGAGUUGGAUGGGGAAUACAGAUGAAUUGCUAAGCAGAGCAGCAGUAAAUGAAUCAGAGUAAAACUGGUAUUUUAGUACAAUAAUUGCUUUUUGGUGAGCCUGAGAAUGACCUGAAUCAAACAGUUUGAAAACUCCUGUGUGCAGUUACAAGUUCAGUAACUCAAUCCAGCUCCAGUUGACAGCUGUGGCUUCAGGAAUCAGCACAAGGGGAAAGGGGAUGUAAAAAAAAAAUCAGUGGCAUUUUUAUACAGUGAAUGUGUGAGCACCACGAGUGACAGUCAGAGGGGUGGAGGCUGCUCACAGGCAUCAUUAACGUCCAGAAACGCCAGCAGCAGUUUCUGGCAGCCCUGGGGGAAGCACGGGGCAGGUAAGUGCUGCAGCACAGCCCUGGGCACACGGGCAGUGCACUGGGGCUCACUGAGGAUCAGCUCUCGUUGCCCAGACAAAUGCAGGCCCAGCCUUGAGGCACUUCCCAAGGCCCUGGUGCUUCAUUUCCUGGCUGUGUCUCACUCUCAGGACAUUCCCCACACUGUCAUGGGCUGUGCUCUGUGUCAGUGCUGUUUGCUGCUGUGCUUGCCCGUUGAUCAGGUCUCUGGUUAUG